AUGGCAAUUGAUGCGACAGUAACAUCGGUAACGCCCACCGGCCUUGGGCGCACGCUCCUUGCUCUUACGAUACUUUUCCUCAUUCCAACCACGAUUGUUAUUUUCCUAAGAUGCUGGAUUCGACUCCGGCAUAAGAUCUUCGGCGUGGACGAUGGUCUUAUGCUUGUCGGCUGGAUGCUAUACGUGAGCGUGAGCGGUAUUGUUAUACGCAGCACGUAUGCUGGCCUCGGCACCAGUGAUUCUGAUUUAAAUGCUUAUCUUCAGAAUGAUGGUCGAAAGUUUCUAUGGUGCUUCCAAGUUACCUAUUGCGUCUCACUCCUGUUCCUCAAAAGCUCUAUCUGCGCUACGCUUCUUCGAAUUGCUGUUGUCAGACUCCACCUCAUUAUAAUCUGGUGCACCCUUGUAUUCGCAAUACUUUCUACAACUACUGUCAUCAUUGGGCUUCUCGUCAUUUGCCGCCCAAUAUCCACCGCUUGGGGCCAUGAGGGAACAUGCGCCCCGACAGUUGUUAUCGCAAGCCUUGGAUAUCUUGUGUCCACCGGUGCAGUUGUAACAGACUGGAUCUGUGCCGUCUUACCUAUAUUCAUGCUAUACAAGUCUAACAUGAAGCGGGCAACUAAGUUCUCAGUCGCUAUCAUCCUAGGACUUGCGGCUUUGGCAUCGCUCUGCACGAUUAUUCGGCUUCCCUACGUAAAAUAUUAUACCAUCAUCCCUAACUAUCUCUACAACGUUGCAAACAUUGUCAUCUGGUCUAUCGUCGAGUCAGGAAUCGGAAUAGUCGCCGGCUCACUACCCUCACUCCGCAAGUUGGUUAGCCAACGCUACCACUUUGAUUCUACGACAGGCAACUCGCCUGUUCAGGUGACUCCUUUCUCAGGCACCAACCAGGCUAUCAUCACAUCCCACACAUCAUCCGCCCUACGUAGUAGGCCCAACAGGGGCGCUGGAGCAACAGGGUUGGGUGGAGGAGAAGGCGACUGGGAGCAGCUUGACGGUAGUGAAUCCAGCAAAAGGAUCUAUGUCAAGGUAGACUUGGAGAUGCAAUCGUUAGACCGGCCAACAACAUCUCGGGCAUCACAUAGAUCUAGUGAAGACCUAGUGCGAUAA